ACAACAGCUUGACACAUCACACACCCUAGAAUGUAGAGCGCAAAUAUGUAAAACAAGCCGCACACGCAACAAAAUACUUGUAGAUCUGGUAAAAGGCAAGCUCAUGCGUCAAUCGAUUCGAUUCAAAGAAAAUGUCUAGACUUUCCCAUCGCCCUCCCCAUCGCCCUUCCCAUCGCCCUCCCCAUCCACGCCGACGACCGCCACCAACCACCACUAUUCCCCGAUUCCGGCCGGCAGCGCGCUCUCCGGCGCGACAAGGGACGCGAGGAUCCGCUCGCUCGGUCGCUCUGGUCUCGGAGUUGGUCUGGGGGUCGUCUUGAAUCCAGAUCCAGCUCAAGAUGAGAGGAGCCUCGAGCGAGAGGAGCUCGUCGGUCGAAGACCUGGAGGCGCUACUACGGGCGGCGAACAAGGCGGAGAAGGCGGCGGUGCGCGCGACGGAGAAGGCGAAGGAAACCAAGCUGGCCCUCGUCGAGCGUAUCAUGGCGAGAGUGACGGAAGAGGAAGCGGAUCGUCUGUUCCAAUUAGGGGAGCACCUCGAGCCGGAUCAAGUGCUGGAUUGAGCGGUUGCAGAGGCGUCGUCCACAUCGCGUGUUCAAUGGGCGAGAUGGCGGCUGUUCUGCCGGGAGCCGUGGUGAAGCAGGGAAGGGAGGCAGGGGAUCGAAGAAGGUUGCAAUUGGGAAUGUAUACAUUCCUUUGGAAGCCAGGUACGGGUCUCCAUCCCGCCUUUCUCCGUUCAGAGCAGCUCCGGCGAAGAAUCAACUGCGCCGGCGAGCUGCAUCCAUGGAUUCAAGGACUGUUGGGGAUCCGGGGGGAAGGGCCCCGCGGGUCAGCCUGCAGGCCUCGGAUAAAGUUGGAUUGGGCCAGGAAGUACGCUAUCAGGCAGGGAAAGCGUAUUCACAGAAGACGCGUCCGCAGAGUGAUGAUGAGGAGUUGGUGGAUAUAUACGGGCAGCUCUGGUCCGUUCCCUCACCAAGGAGAGCUAGGGUUUCUGCCACCGGCGGCAGGCUAGUUUGGAUCCGCAAGGAUCUGUUCCUAGCCAAAAAUUUCGCCGCUAGCGAUUGCCACCCAGCCAAAGAAGCAGAUAAGCGUCAGCAAGUGCCGAAGAAAUUUAGUUUCUCCAAAGAUCCGUGGAAAAAGGAAUCGGGCAGAGCGACCUACGCAGAGGUAGUGAUGGGUGUGAUGGGGAACAGAGGAGGCCGCCGCCAUGGUGGUGGUGGAGGGGCUGGUCGGGGCAAUACUUCUCACGCGACCAGUGAUCAGAGUCGAUCUUCAAUGCAGGGGCAGAUGCAGCAGAUGCCGCAGCAGUUGAGCGGCUUCCACCACCAAGCCCCCCUGGCAUACAAGCACAUCAAGGUAACUUUGUCCCUAUUCAGCAAUUUCAUGGGCAGGGAGGAAUGCAAGGGAUGCAGCCAUGGCAGGGUGUACAAUUCCCCCAUUUCAACCAGUGGCCGCAACAAUUCCUUCCUGCAGUGCCAGUUAUGCAGCAACAGCAGCAAUAGUAUGGUCCUCCACCUACUCAGUUCCAGUCUGGGCCACAAUUCCAGGGUUUUGGGGAAAGGCAGUCAAGCACCUUUCAACAGAAUCAGCAAAACUUGCAGCAGAAGAAGAAGACCAAGAGCUUCAAUUCCCAGAAGGAACAGCAGGGGAAAUCAAGCAGUGUAGUCAAAACAGAAAGGAAGAGGUUGUUAUCAACUAUGAUCCAAAACUGAAAGAUGUGAUAUGCUACAAUUGUGGAGAACCAGCUCAUUUUGUUGGGACAUGCCCCAUUCCAAAAAAUUGUUUCAUAUGUCACAAGGCAGGACACCAUAUGGAUAAUUGCCUGGAAUGGUAUAAGCCUCAAGCCACAGCUCAGUAUUUUGGAAGUGGCAAUGCUGGGUUAGGUUUCUUCCAUAUUGAGUCUGAGGGAAAGGAUGCUAUCAAAUGGUUAAACUUGACCAAUGUCUGUGUGACUGUGAUUGAGGAAGGAUCUAUCACCACUCAAGAACUGAAACAUAACUUCUCUGAGAUUUGGAAAACCAACUGGCCUUGGCAAGUGAGACAACUAACAGAAAAAAGGUUCCUGGUCAGAUUUCCUCCUCACAAGAAGGUUAAGGACUUGGUGGAGCUCCCAUCUAUCAACCUCAAAAAGAAAGGAGUGGUUGUCUCCUUUGAUAGGUGGGAUGGUGAGAAAGUGGCAUAUGCUGAGCUACAGGAGGUGUGGGUCACUAUGAUAGGAAUCCCAGUCAACAAGCUUUCAUGGAAAGUAAUCUCUCAGAUUGCCUACAUCUUGGGGAUACUUGUUAAUGUGGACUGGCAUGAGAUCUUUAGAAGUUUUUAUGAGAAGGUUAAAGUGCAAAUUGCUGUAAGAGAUGUCUCCAAGAUUCCAACUGAAAGGCUGAUAGAGAUUGACAAGGAACUCUUCCUCAUUUCUUUCAUGGUUGACACAGCACCACAUUUGGAAGCUGCUGCCCACAAUGAUGGUGGGUCAGACAAGACAGAUGAAGACUUGCUGGAAGGAGAUCCUGAAAAAGUUUUACAAAUGCAAGGGCCUAAGGAAAUGGAAACUGAUAUAGAGACAAGGAUAAGAACAAAAGAGGGUCUGCUAAGGGCCCUUCUCAAAACCAUCAGACCUCUCAAAGAGCCCCAUCACAGUCAAAAACCCCUAUGGAGAUGAUGAAUUCAUUGAAAAAAGGGUGCAAAGUGUGAUUCAGGGUAUGAAGAGUGAUAUGUCAAAAAAAGCAUCCAGAAGAAUCUGCCUGGAGAAAACAUUGGUGUCCAGCUGCUUGAACAAUUCAAUGAAGAAUCUGAGGAUGAAGGUUCAGCAGAGAGACCAACCCAGAAAAAUACUCAAGGUGGACAAGGAAAAAAUUGGGGCCCGGUUGUGGCGCCCAGGAUGAGUACUAGGAUCAGAAGAGAUGGAAGGACAGCAAUCCAGAAGGUUGAAGACCUCAAGAAGAGAAAGGAUCUCGAAAUGCCUAAAGGUGAUCCUGAGGAGAAUUGCAGGUUUCUGCAACCAAUGGAAGAUCCUAUGCAAAGAGGCUGCAAGAGAACGCGUGGAGAGUCUGAUAUCAUCUCUGUGGGAGCUGUCCAGGUAGCCGCCUCUGCUGCUUUGGCCAGAGCCAGGGUGAGGAAGAAGAAACUGUGGAUGGAAUACUAUCUGAAGAAGAAGGCAGAAGGCUGGUAUGGAAUCGAGAUCGGACUGCUCGUUGAAGGUUGAGAAGAGAUAGAUAUCGGGUACCAGGCCUUCCUGCUGGUGGCAUUAGCCUUUUAUGUUCUGUCAGUAGACAUUCGUUAGAUGAUGCAUGUAAGAGGUUUUAAAGUCGUGUGUUUAGGUGGAUUUAUGCCGGAGGGAGCGCUCGCUCCCGCGGGCUGUAAUGAGACUGGAUUCUGUGGUUUCAUUUUAAGUAAUGGAACCGGGGCAGGAGCCCUUUUCCUCUAAAAAAAUGUCUAGACUUUCUUAACCCCAACCCACAGGAGGCUAUAAUUACCAGCGCCGCAUGG